GGACGCCACAGCAGUCAGACACACUAACACGUACACACACCCACACACACACACCACACAGAGACGUGCGCUACAGCUCCUUAAAUAACGCACAUCUCUCCGGAGCGCGUGCCACGUGAGGAGCGCACGGUUUCACCGGGAAUAUGCGGAGCAUCUGCGUGAAAAUGUGGUUUCCUGGAUGUCAGCGAUUUAGAUGAAACAAUCUGGGACUAAUUUGAAAACCUAUCGAUCAUCGGACCUUUUUCUUUCUUUCUGUCUUUUUUUGGAGAAAAAAUAAACUGGGAAUGGCCAAGACGUCGCUUCUGGAUUUGGGCGUUUUGAUUUUAAUCGGAUUAACGGCCGCACGUGCAAACGGCGUUUCACUGCACCGGCUUGUCGCGCGCGAGGACCACGCGCUUGAGCCCGAGCGAGCGAGCAUGGGCGCGAGGACAGCACCGGCGCCCCCACCGGCACCCACGGAACGAGCGCGCGAAUUCGCCGACGACCACGAGCACGACGACGACGUCACAGGAUCGUCGCGCGACUCUCUGCCGCGGAACAGAGUCAAGCGGUGCACGUGCUAUACGUACAAAGACAAGGAGUGCGUUUAUUAUUGCCACCUGGACGUCAUCUGGGUCAACACGCCGGAGCGCAUGGUGCCGUACGGCAUGUCGAGUUACAGAGGCUCUCAGCGUACACGGCGCUCUGCGACAGACAGCAGAAAGACGAGGCGAUGCGUGUGCGCUCGGCAAGGCGAUUCACAAUGCAACAGCUUCUGCGGAAAAAGGGGGCGGUUACCCUGACCAUCUGUUGCUGGAGAGCGAAGUCUUGCUCGCAAACGUCCUUCCCAUGCAUUCUUCUGUCCUAACACCUGGACUUACCUUAGAGAAAAGCAGCUUAUCUGCCUAAAGACAAGGAGGAAUUCCAUUAUCCAGCGAAGAGACAUGACAGGAAAGGAGAAGAAGAACACAAUGGAGGCUUUUGUGGAAUGCUUAUGCAACUAACGAGCCUGUAGAAUAAGAUCGGAGCGCGAUUUAAAGAGCAGAUAUUUAACGCAACAAACUGGCUUCAUGCUAACUCAUCAUCAUGUUACAGCUCGUCUUCUGCACCCAACACCCGAGGCUGACUCUUUCUACUGACUAUCGCCUCUGUUUCGUCGCCAUUAAUCAAAGACGGUUCGGAGCUAAGAAACGAGACUAACUCACUAUAACGAUCCGAUUUCCGUAUCACAGGUUAUCAGGUCCGAUGGUUUGUACACUGUACAUACCAAGAUGACGUCGAUUCUGUUCCGUUUUCCUAAAUACUGUGUGGAAAUGCUUCUAUUAGAUGGCACUUAAAUAAGGACAGUGUGUGUGUGUGUUCAUUUGUUAAUGAAUGCCAUGUCAUCUGUUUCCUCCAUGUAUAAUUAAGUUGUGGAAUGUCUGUGAAAUAAGUUAGUUCUUGUACUCACUUAUGGAUAUAGCAGCUAUGAACAGUCGUUCCUCCACCAGACAUUCUGGACAACUGGACAGUUGGAGAUUUUUCCAGUCUUCAUGCUCUUUUUGCAGACUUUACUUAUCCAGAUUUGGUGAUUCUGUGCUCAUUUUAGCCUCAGAUUCCUAGAGUGCAGCCCUGAUGUUGCCUUCUGCUGUUGUAGCUCAUCCACUCCAAGGUUUGGCACAUUCUGAGAUGGUUUUCUGCUCACCAUAGUUGUGGUGAGAGAGUGCUACUAUAGACUUCCUGUCAACUCAGACCAGUCUCAUCAUUCUCCUCUCAUCAACGAGUCGAUUCAGCCUGCAUAUCCUCAGCACACUGGAUGUUUUUUUUGGCUUUUUUUCACCAUUCUGUGUAACUCUUCAGACUUUUUAAUGUGAACAAAUCCCAGGAGUUUCUGAAAUACUCAAACCGGCCCAUCUGAUACCAACAAUCAUGCAUGAACAUUAACCCGAAGUUCUCGACUCAUUUCGCUCUACUGCGAUGUGAUUGGCUGAUCACGUGGCAUGAAUGUUCCUAAUAAAGGUCUUCCUAAUAAAGUGGAUGAUGUGUGUAUGUACAGAUUCCAUAGGGCGUCACUAUGCAUCCUCAGCUUCCUGAAGGACUUUUACUAGGAACCCUCUCUGCAUACGAGACCCUCAGAGAUCAGUAUCUUGACCAUAUAUGGACAUAUUAAUACCACAGGACCAUUGGUUGUUGCUUCUGAUUGGUCAGAAGGUGUUGUAAAAGGGACUGACUGUUUAUAAUAUUUGGUAAUAAAAUGCUUAAAAUGUAAAGAAAUUCAAACAUCUAAAAUGAGCAAAGAAAACAUCUGGAAAUAGGUUCAAAUUCAUAAAUAUUAGAUGAAGAUGCUAACUUGAUUCAUGGAUGUUCCCCAACACUAAACAGAUAAAAAGUGACAUCAUUCUACAAUAAAUAAAAAUGUUUAAAUGUUAGGUAGAUUCUCCACUUGUCUGUGUUCAUAGCACUACAUUUCAACUCAAGCAUUAAUAAACUGUUACUACACUA